AUGGAAGUGAGGUUGCUGGGGUCGAUGGAGGAUGAAGAAGGUGAAGCCAAUGAGAAUGCCGAUGGAGGAUCUGGAGAUGAAGAAGGUGGAGUUGAGGUAGAUGGAGGAUCUGGAGAGGGAUAUGCAUAUAAUUUUGGUUUGCCUUGGGCCUUCAAUCACCCAGGGGCAGCCCUAUGGAUGGGGCAUGCGGCUGGGUUGGGUAUAGGGAGAUGGGCUGGGUUUUUAUAA